CUACCGGCCCGCGACCACCCUCGAGCCAUUCUUCCAUCGUUCAUUUACAAUUGUUAUCUCUUCUCUUCCCGUAACAGGUAGCAUUUCGUCACUAUGUUCGCUGCACGAGCUGUUUUCGCUGCCGGUCAGCGCCGCGCUUUCUCGGCCUCAGCCCGCAACCUCUCCAAGGUCACCGUUCUCGGUGCUGCCGGUGGUAUCGGUCAGCCUCUGUCUCUUCUCUUGAAGAUGAACCCCAGAGUCACCGAGCUCGCUCUCUACGAUAUCCGUGGAGGUCCCGGUGUCGCCGCUGAUGUCUCGCACGUCAACACCAAGAGCACCGUCACCGGCUACGAGCCCACCCCCGAGGGCCUCGCCUCCGCCCUCAAGGGCAGCGACGUCGUCGUCAUCCCCGCUGGUGUCCCUCGCAAGCCCGGCAUGACCCGUGACGAUCUCUUCAACACCAACGCCUCUAUCGUCCGCGAUCUCGCCAAGGCCGCCGCCGAAUCCUGCCCUGAGGCCAACCUGCUCAUCAUCGCCAACCCCGUCAACUCGACCGUCCCCAUCUGCGCCGAGGUCUUCAAGGCCCGUGGCGUCUACAACCCCAAGCGCCUCUUCGGUGUCACCACCCUCGACGUUGUCCGUGCUAGCCGCUUCGUCAGCGAGAUUAAGGGCACUGACCCCAAGGACGAGAACAUCACCGUCGUCGGUGGUCACUCGGGCGUCACCAUCGUCCCCCUCUUCAGCCAGAGCAAGCACCCCGACCUGUCCUCCAACGACAAGCUCGUCAACCGGGUCCAGUUCGGUGGUGACGAGGUCGUCAAGGCCAAGGACGGCGCUGGCUCUGCCACUCUCUCCAUGGCCAUGGCCGGUGCCCGCAUGACCGAUGCCGUUCUCCGUGCCGCCCAGGGCGAGAAGGGUGUUGUUGAGCCCUCUUUCAUCGACAGCCCGCUGUACAAGGACCAGGGCAUCGAUUUCUUUGCUUCCAAGGUCGAGCUCGGCCCCAACGGUGUCGAGAAGAUCUUCCCCGUCGGCGAUGUUGACGCCGCUGAGGAGAAGCUCCUGGAGGCCUGCCUGGUUGACCUGAAGAAGAACAUUGCCAAGGGUGUCUCCUUCGUUGCCGCCAACCCCGCCAAAUAAAUUUCAAAUUUCAUGUAAACUUUAGAGAAGCAACAGCAUUAUAGCGGGGCGUCUCCUGAGAUAGAAACUUCGUGAAAUUUAAAAAAAUUGGGAAAAGAAAAUGGUUUAUGGGUUCGGUGGCCGGGUGUUUUCUGGAUGUAACGACCUGGCUACCGUGACUAUUUAGCCAUGGAAACUCUAUGGCUUUGCCCGGGGAAAUAAUGA